AUGACUUCACAAACACAUGUAGAUGCACAUGUGACAGAGGAGGCUGCUUGUGUCAUCGGGAAGCCUCUGUUCCCAGCCUGGGUCGACGUCAAUGUUUAUGUGAUCACCUUCAUCUGCUACCUCACCCUGAUGCCCUCCAUGAUCAUGCUCCCGACCUCACUGAGGCUGGUCGUCUACCUCUGCAAACACACGCUGUCCGUGCUGAAGAAGCAGAGCAGCUGUCACACCGCAGAGUCGUACCUGCUGGUCUGGGUUUACCUCACCACGCUGCUCACCAUCUCUCUCUACUACUUCCACCCCAUCUUUGCCUCAGGGCUGAGUGCAGACAUGCUCUUCUUCAGCUUGUCGUUUUAUUGGGCCUCGGCAAUCCUCCUCAACCGCUCCAGCAAAAACCUGCGAGAGAAGCUCAGAGUGCUGAUCGGCAGGGGGAAGAACUUAAACACACCAGCCAGGAGCGCUGAGGAUAUUUGA